UAUUUUAUGAAGAAUUCCUGAAGCGAUCGACCACCAGCAUAUGACAUUUUCUAGCUCUCCACCUCACACUCUCCCAUCAGCCUCUCUACCUAAUUACAAUACAAUUCGUCAAUUCCCACUCUAUCUUCUCUUCCAAUUUUUCCACCUUCUAUCCAAUCUCUCGCCUCCUCUCCUGUGAGUGACUGAAUUAUUAUACAAACAUCAACUAACUCUUUCAGAUCUGCCUCUCCUUUUUCUCUUUUAAUUUGCCAUUUUUUACUCCAAAACAUUUCACUUUCCUGGUCGCCAUUGCUUGCUCACUUCACUGAUCUCCACCAAUGAAGAACUGAACAAACCAUACCGAAUCAAACAUGUUCAAGGCUGCAGCAGCUCGAUGGAGAAGCAACGACAAGAACAAGCUCAAGGUCGUCUUCAAAUUCCAACUGCAAGCGACCCAAAUUCUAGUUUCCGGCACUGCAGCAGGGCUGUCGGUGAGCUUGGUGCCUCUCGACGUCGGGAAGCCGACGUCGGCCGUGAAAUCGGAGAAGGUCUCUGGGGGGUGCUGCAGGUGGUCGAGCCCAGUUUAUGAAACAGUGAAGUUGGAGCGUGAUCCCAAGAGUGGGAAGAUCCACGACAAGUUCUAUAAGUUUCUGGUUUCUGAAUCUGGAUCAACCAGAUCUGGACAGCUUGGAGAAGCCAUUGUUAACCUUGCAGAUUAUGUUGAGUUCUUUAAGCCUUGCUCUCUUUCCCUGCCUCUCAAGGCCGGAACCCUUUUGCACGUUACCUUGCAGAGAAUGCAGGGCGAGGGAGAAAUAAGGGAAGCUGAAGAAAAUGGAGAUGCAACAUCAGGGAAACAAGGAAGAACCAUGAAGAACCAAUUGAUCGAGGAAGAAGUCAGAGCUUCUAGUCGCAAGAACGAUACUGAUCCCAUGAAAGAAAGGUUUCAAACUUACGAUGAGUCUCUCAACCUUGACGCUGCAUCAGUGGCUAGUUCCGAGAGCAGCUCAGACCUCAUUCAUGGAAGCAUCCAUCGAGACUCCGCGGUGCUCAAGAUCAGCUCGGGCGAUUCGUCCGGGUCGGCAAACAGCUCGAGCGAGUCAGGAUUCGACACCAUCGAUAAACUCCGCAGAGAAGUCUUUCUCUUGUCGAGGAAGGUGGAAGUGUCGGAGCUAGAGAUUCAGACCAUGCGAAAGCAAAUCGCCAAGGAAAACAGAAGGGCGCAAGAGCUUUCUCAGGAGAUCAGCAGCCUCAGAGAGGAGCGAGACGCCCUCAAGUCGUCGCGAAAGGAAACAAGCGAGCCAGACCUUGAUGUAGAAGAAGAUCCCCUGUCCAUGGUGGAAGAAAUCAAGCAGGAGUUGGAGCACGAGAAGAAUCUGAACUCCAGUCUUCGCUUGCAACUGCAGAAGACGCGCGAAGCUAACUCCGAGCUGCAACUUGCAGUUAGAGACCUCGACGAGCUGGUGGAGCAGAGGGAUCGAACUACUGACACGAGCCUCGCAUGCUCGCUCAACGACGAGAUCGAGCUAUAUAAGCGAGACCGUGAAGACUUGGAAAUGCAGAUGGAACAGCUCGCUUUGGACUAUGAAAUUUUGAAGCAAGAAAACCAUGACAUCACUUCUCAUCUCGAGCAAACGCGGCUGCGGGAGCAACUAAGAAUGCAGUACGAAUGCUCAGCGCAUUCAGCAAUCAUCGGCGACCUCGAGUCCCAUGUCGAAUGCUUAGAGAGGGAGAUUCGGCAGCAAGCCGAAUCAUUCGAGUCGGAUGUGGAAGCCAUGGCGAACGCGAAGACUGAAGAAGAGAAGAAGGCCCUGCGAGCGGAGGGAGCCCUGCGCAAAGCGAACUGGAACGGCGCCCGAAUUGCCGAACGCCUUCGCGAGGAACUCACCCUGCUGUCUUCACAAGCUUCGUCUGUGUUCUUCGAGAACGAAAAAAUAGUCAGGAAAGCACUGAAAGAAGUGAGUGAAUUGCAGUCGCAAAGAAGGAAUUUAGCGAAAACGUUGGAGAAGAACAAGGAAGAUUCGGUAUCUCUACAGAGACAUUACCAGAGGAAUCUCAGACAGCUAUUAGAUCUUUUACGUUUCAAAUCAAAAGAAGCAGAAAGACUGCAGUUGCAGAUCAGAAAAAAGAAGGAAGAGUUUGAAAGUUGUAACAACUGUCUUGAAUCGAGUUUGGAGGAGAUUGAAAGGCACAAGACAAUGCUUCAAAACCAGAAUUCAGAACAGGAAAUUCUAAAGAAGGAGAUUUCAUCAUUGAAGGAAGAAAUAAUAGAGGUGAGGAAUAGAAGAGAUGAAAAGGAGAACAUGAUUGCGAUGCUGAACCAGGAGAAAGAAAACCUUGGCUUGAAGCAUAAAUCACUGUCUGAAGGAGAAUUGAGCAAGAUGGCUGCCCUAAAAGAGAAAAAUAAAUCAAUGGAAGCUGAUCUAAAGGAAAUGCAAGAAAGAUAUUCUGAAAUAAGCUUGAAGUUUGCCGAGGUGGAAGGAGAAAGGCAACAGCUGGUGAUGACAAUUCGAACGCUUAAGAAUGCCUUGAAGAAUUAGAUUAUGAUCUCUCUUUUCUUGUAAACUUUACCAAAUGAGUGUUAAUAGUGUUCAUUGAAGAAGUCUUUAUUUUUUUUUUUGAAAGUCCAAUUGAUUCUUUUGUUGGAAAGACUUUAGAUUGCCAUUUGGUUUGCUUAAAUUUCAUGAAGUUGUAAUAUAGAUGUGAUUGACCUUUGUUUAAGUGGUUUGCUUAAAUUUCAUGAA